AUGGCUUCCAAGACUUUAAUUCUGUUGUGUGUCUUUGCAUUUCUUCUCGUCGUCUCAGAAAUGGCCGUAGCAUCUGCAGAGCAGUCCGGUACAGCGAACUCAAAGAGUGAGGAAACUGUGCAACCUGAUGGGUAUGGUGGUGGAGGAUACAGAGGAGGAGGAGGAGGAUACAAUAGAGGUGGAGGAUACAACAGAGGUGGAGGAGGAUACAACAGAGGUGGAGGAUACAAAGGAGGAAGAGGAGGCCGCGGGGGACACGGAGGAAGAGGAGGCCACGGAGCGGAAGCUGUUCAGACUCAGUCUGGUCACUAA